AUGCAAGUGGUGCCCAUGAUUUCCAUAAACUCCAUUGUCCUGGGAAUCUUUGUCAGGAACAGACACAGCCAGAUUGUGAAAGCCAAUAAUCAAGAACUUAGUUACAGUCUCCUCCUGACCCUUAUACUAUCCUUUCUCUGCACAUUACUCUUUAUAGGAAAACCCAUGAAGGUGACCUGUAUGUUUAGACAAGUUACUUUUGCAGUCAUUUUUACUAUUAGCAUCUCCUCGGUUUUGGGGAAAACUGUGACUGUACUGAUUGCAUUUCAUGCUAUAACACCUGGAAGUAUGUUGAAGAUCUGGGUUGGAAAAAGAGCUCCCAGGUGUCUUGUUCUUCUUUUAUCUCUGGGAGAGGUUAUAAUUUGCAUUAUGUGGUUUCUACAUUGCCCACCAUUCCCUGAUUAUGAUACCAGAUCCCAACCAUCUGUGAUGACCUUGCAGUGUAAUGAAGGUUCUGCUGUGGCAUUCUACAUUGCAGUAGGGUACAUUGGAAUGCUGGCCUCUGUCAGCUUCAUUACUGCUUAUCUUGCCCGUGGGUUACCAGACAUAUUUAAUGAAGCCUCACACAUCACCUUUAGCAUGUUGGUGUUCUGCUGUGUGUGGAUCGCUUUCAUCCCAACAUACUUGAGCUCCAAAGGCAAAUACAUGGUGGCAGUAGAGAUAUUUGCUAUUCUUUCUUCCAGCUCUGGGUUGUUGGGAUUCAUAUUUAUACCCAAAUGUUACAUCAUCCUUUUCAAACCUAAAAAUACGGUCAAGGAGAAAGCAACUUCUAAAAAAAAUAAACCAAAGUUACUCAACUAUAAAACACAUUAA